GGUCUACGCAUCAUUGACUACACCAACGAAUUAUUCGAUAUUUUAUACUUUUAGGGCUCUUCAGCCUCGAUAGACCACAGUUAUGGCGUGUGGUGGUUUCGCAUGUAGUAAAAAUGCCUUAGUGGCACUCAAUGUCCUGUACAUGUUUGUUUCCUUUAUUUUAAUUGGUGUAGCUGCAUAUGGUAGAAUUUUAGCAAUCGUCACAAGUAUAGCUAUUAUUGGUGGAAUCAUUGCCUGUGGAGUUUUCUUAUUUUUCAUUGCACUUGUUGGACUCGUAGGAGCUGUCAAACAUCACCAAGUCCUACUUUUCUUUUAUAUGAUAAUUUUAUUUUUAGUGUUUCUCUUGCAAUUUGCAAUCUCCUGUGCAUGUUUGGCAUUAGAUUUAGAAGCACGAAGACAGUUGGUAACUGCUGGUUGGGCACAUACAUCAGCACAGACAAAGGAAGAAGCCCAGGUUCGGAUUAACUGCUGUGGUCUUUAUUCACAGAAUGAAACUGUUCCUGGACAACGUGACCAUCCAGAUUGUGUUGAUACUCAUGUGCCUUGCUGUGGUGAAGGUAAAAAUAUUGGUGACUAUUGUCCAGAAUGUAGAACAUGUAUAGCUGCGAUAGAAGAUACGAUGGAAAAGGCUUUGCGAAUAAGCGGUGGUGUGGGGUUGUUUUUUAGCUUUACAGAGUUGCUUGGAGUGUGGCUAGCAGUUAGGUACAGAAAUCAAAAAGACCCAAGAGCUAAUCCCAGUGCUUUCUUAUGAAAUGAAAAGUAACAUUCUUGGUUUUCACAAAAGUAAAUUAUUUGACUUCAUUAUUAACCGUGUUUGUCUGAGAAUGUUAAAAUUUUAACAUAUUGUGCUGUUUGCAUGGGAAAGUAAAUAAAAACAAUUCUCAGUAUCUCAAAUCCGGCGAUGAUCAUGUGACUUUUAAAUUUGCAGGGAUGACAUGCUUGUUCUAAAAUACAAAAUGCUCAUUGUUUUGCUGGAAAUGGACGACUAUAAAAUAAGUACAUGUAGUUAUAUUUGAUAUUCAGUUCAUUGUUUUAGCCGAUGAAAUAGGGCAUGAUUGCUGUUUCUGUUUGAUGCAAAUGUCUUCUGUUGUCCCUUUUCCCCAGUGAUGUGGAUAAAAGCCUGUACCCGGUCACAACAACCAGUUAUACACUAACUGUGAUUGGCUACAAAUGUGUAAAUUUUUUGGAAAUGAUCGAUUUACAGCACAAUCAACUUGUUAUCAAAUAACAAACACUGGAGGCACUGAAACAAAGUGAAAACUGCCGCACACUUUUGUUAGCUGCAUAUGUUCGUAGGCUGCACACGUUCGUAGGCUGCACACGUUAAGUUGCACAUGUUUGUAUGUUGCACAUAUUUGCUAGUGGCGCACAUUGGAAAGUCUCGCAUGUCGUAUUUGAGAUACUGAGAAAUAACUCCACUGUGCCAUAUUUAUUCUUGUCCCAUAUUGUUAGUAUUAUUGGUUUACACCACAACUCACCUGUGAGUACUGUGAUAAUGUGGAUCAUACACAUGCUUCAAACCAGCAACAUUGCCAGCUUAUUUGUUAGUAAGGUGAUUCCCUGACAACUUUGGCAACCAUGGAAAUUGUCAUUUAUUAGCGCUUCCAUACAAAAUGCAGGGGGUGAUCAUGAGGUGAAAAUGUCUGAGCUUUUGUCCUUAUUGCCAACUUAUCUCGCACAAUAGCCUAGUUUAUGUGUUUCUGAUUAAAGUCAAGCUUGUGUAUACUACGGAUAACUAUUAUCUAUGCCCUGAUUCAACAUCAGACAUUGAUUUCUCUGUUUUAUUGCAUUAACAAGCUUCAAAAGAUCACAAUUUUAUAAGAAAGCAAGAAAAAGCUAUUUAAAAAAAAAACACUUUCAGAAUAAUUGCUUAAUAAAAAAACAAGUAAAUUUUUUUUUUGGUAUCAGGAGUAUAGUGGAUCAAAAUCGCCAGAGGUCCUGAAAGCGACAUUCUUAUAUUGUUUAGAUUCAAAGUACUGUGAUUUUUAAUGGUAGGGAUUAACAUUUGAUGAUUUGAGGGUUUCGUAAUUAUCCAGAACUGAAAAAAUUGUUUUGCUUGUGAAUUUAUAUUGAACUGGCCGCUGUUGAGGUGUUGGUCACAACGACUCGUGUUACAUGAUUUUGCUUUAAUGUAGAUGUAUAAGUUACAUACUUUUUUGCUCAGUUGUGGAGGCCCAAAAAUCCCCCCUCCCACAAGGGAAAAACGGGAAAAAUCUCAAUUGGCUUCUUGUUUAUCGGCUAUACUACCAUAACAUGUUUUGCCUUCAUAGAUUCUUCGCAUAUACUUGGCUAAACUUUGUAAAUAAUGUAAAAAAUAUAGUCGAGAAACCAGCUAUUACCACUGUGUGACUCUUGCAUUUUUCUCUUCAGAGUAUAGGAUAGCCUACAACAUAUCUUAAAAAAAUGGUGCAAUACUUUGUAAAUAUAGUUAUAGUGAAUCAAAUGUAGUGUACAUCUGUUUGAACUGCUUUUUUGGGCUUAAAAAAAAUAUUUCAGGUCAUGUUCCUCAAAGCUUUUUCGCAAAAAAAUGAUAAAUCGAAAAGCACAAUUUUGAAAUAAAAACAAAGUGUGCUUGUAUAAAUUUAGGUAACAAAUUGACCAGAAAUAUCCCCCCCCCCCCCCUUUUGCACUUAAUAUUUGGUAAUCAUAGUCCAUGUUAAUGGUACUUCAGUCGUGCCAAAAGAAAAACAGACUUAAACAUCACAUUAUUCUGAAUACUGUUACUACACCAGUUGUACAACCCUGGCUAUAAUCCCAAAUUCAUAAAACCGUUGAUGCAUGAUGGUUGCCAUUACGUUGUGAACUUGUUGUAACUGAAAUGGCAGCUCGUAUGUGACUAUGAAUUUCCCGCGACUAUGAUUAUUUUCUUUUAUUUUCACAAUAGUUGUAGUUUUCGGUUUUCUGCAAAUUGACUCGGAGGCGGUUCCUACAGUACUGUAAAAUACUUGCUGGGAAUUUAUUUUCGCUGAAGGGAUGAAAAUAAAUUCCCGUUAAUAUACCUUUAUUUCUAUAUUUUACAUUCAACAAACAACAUACAAAACGCCCAAAGUCUUUUCAGUGAAGAAUAAUUCUACAAUGAGGUAUUUUAAGGUACAAGAAUUAAGGAUUUGUAAAAUUAGAGAAAAAUGUGUAUUUUAUGUAUAUGCAUGGUAGAAUCAUCUAGAUUUAUUCAUUGUUGAUCUUUCUGACUUUCCAGUAUUUGAAUUCUCGUAUUUGUAGUGGGUUUGACCAUGGAGGUAAUUACCUCCAUGCUUUGUCACAAUUGUAUGUUAAAUACUCCACCAAUCAGUAGUUAAAACAGGGUGUUUAUGCAAGUUUAUCUGUGAUCUUCAAACUUCAUCAAUGCUGGAUGGUGCACUAAAAAAAAAAGCAGGACCACACUUAUAAUAUGCUAUAUGUACUCUUGUUUGUAAACAAAUUUUUCUGAUUUGAUGAUUUAAUUGUGUUAAUCGGGACACAAAGUUGAUGUGAUUUUUUGUCUUUAGAACCCAGUAAAAUGUUUGCGAAUUUUGCCUUGCUUGAAAUUUAAGCGAUUUACAGUACAAUGACCAACAUAUUUCUCACAUUUGAACUUGCUAAAAAAUAAAGCACCAGUGUAAAACUGCACAAUUUGACUUGGGUCAGAUGUUAUAUUUAGCAUAACAAGUAUAUAGUUGAAUACAUUGGCACCAGAUUAGUACUAUGAUUUUUUGCCAUUACAUGUUAGUAUAUUCUAUUUACAAGUUAAUACUGUUGUGUACAUUUGUAUUACGUUCUGAUCUUUGCAUUCUAGAUAACACUCCUUUUCAACUAUAACAGGGCAGAUCCUUUGAAAGAUUUUGUUGAGUAAAAAUGUUUGUGACUAAAUCCCAGAAAAAACACCAUUUGCUCUUAUUACGAUGACCGUAACCUAACAAUUUGUGGAUUUGGUUUUUGUCUAAUAUUAGACGCCUGCUUUGUGUACAUAUAAUAUGAAAAUGAGCCAGUCUUUAUGAGGUUUGUACCUGCAAAAUGUUAUUUCUAUGAGGAUGUUAAUUUUGUUUUUGUGAAUUGUCAGGGUAGAUUGGUAAAUUAUUUUACACUUUUUUUUUUGUGUAUAAAGUUUGCAUCGUUCAUUGAUUUAAAAUUAUUUUAACAAUUGUUCUUGAUAAAUCUUGGUUUCCUUCGUUGAAGAAUCAAGGGAGUAAAGUUGCUUUUCAGUAUGUCAUGAAAUUUUGCACGUUUGCAACUGCAAUCUUUAUAGUAGCAUGGAUGCAGUGUGCAAACUGGAGUAUCGUACUGGUGGGAAAACACUCAUCCAACUUUUUCUUAAUUCAACAAUGGACAAUUUUGGGUUCUUUAAUUCAUAGGUUAUCAUAUCCUAGAGUUUCAAUGUAUAUGCAAGGAAGGGGUAAGCAGAUUUCCGGUAGUCGUAUUCAGUUUUCAGAACUUUUUUUAUCCAAGAUGUUUAUUAUUGUACAAUGUAGACGUGUUUUCUUUUUAAAGUUUUUGUUGUAGAUUUUGUAUUCACAAAAAAGCAGGACACAUUUUAGUAUUCGCCAAUGCAUCCAAAAGUCUGUUAAAAUUUGAAGCAAACUGUCUUAUAAACGACUAGCCAUAAAAUCAAUCUGCUCCUCAUAACUUUUAUGACACUCGCGUGUACAAGUAGGUUAGUAAUUUGAGAAUUCAAAACUGUUGUAUUGUGUGCAUGUUUUUAGAAAUUUUUUUUGGUGUAUUUUGAAUUUAUUGCUGGUUUCAUCAAUUGAUGAUAAAACUAUAAUAGUUCAUGUAAAAGUGAUGUAAUGAAAAUAAAUAUAAUUGGGAAAUAUU